UGAUAUUUCUCACAUCGUGCCAUUACGCAACAAAUAGUUUUAUUAAGAAAUUCUCUAAGAAUAUUUUCUAUAAAAAGAUAUUAACAAUGAAUUAUUUACGCUAUACAUCAAUAGUUUUGCAACGAGCAGUGCAAAAACAGGGGAUGAUCGGAUCGGUGAGAACUUUGUUUUCAAAAAGAUUCAUAGGAAUCAAAGAUUAUGAAAUAUCACGAUCGACACAGUUACCGUUUGAUUCAACGACUGCGGAAAUAGAAAUGGAUGCCGGAAAAGCGGAGAUUAUGAAGAAAUGGUGUCAUACAAUGGAGAAAGAAGAGCUUGUAGAAAAUUUUCCUCAAAUGACAAUGCGUCUACAUAUCAUCCAUAACGAUCCAGCACAAAUGAAGGCCUUCAGUUUUGGGCCUUUGGUGAUGCGAAUGUUUCAUUACCAUAAUUUGCCGUACCAAGCAUUGAAGGUAAAUUCUUUUGCUGGAUGUAUAUUGCUUGAUGUAUAAUCAAGCUUUAGAAUCGUUUUCGGUUUGUUUGUACCACGCAUAACUCAAGUAAGGUAUCAGCUAUCAACUUGAAACCUAUUUUUUCAGAUUCCUGAGCCCAAUCCACGAAAACGAUAUUUUUCUUUUUGGAAAAUUCGUCCAGGAAAAUUAUUUUUCUUGUAAAUGAGGUUUUUCCUAAGAAUUUGUAUGGGAACUUCAAGACAACUUGAUUUUUACGUUGUAACUCGAGUUCAAAUCCUACGAUUUUGAUUAAUAUCGCUCAGUUUGUAGGUCUUCAGAUGCCCUUUCGAAAAAACACAGACAGAAUACUCGAUCGACCUUGUGAAUAGUAGCUCUAGUACAGCGAACUAUCACAUUUUUGUGUAUUUUGACGAAAGUCGAUAUGGUUCGAAUUCAAAUCAUAAAAUUUUGAUUAGAUUGGUUCAUUUUUCUGCGGAUCCUUCUGGGGCUUCGAAAUAUUUUUUGAAUUACACUCGUUUAUGCAUCGAUACAUCAAGCAUUACUUCCAAAUGUUCAACGAUCAACAAAUACCACUAAUGUUUGAUAAUGUAAUGUCGAGAUUAGUUUUGAUGAUGAAAUGUAUGAUGAUGUGUUACACAUUUUUAAAAUGCAGCAUGAAAAACAAGAAAAACUAAACAGAGGAAGUGCGCCUACAUUGAACUGUCUUGCGUUUGCUGCAUGCUAUAAGUUGAAUACUGAAGCGCAGUUAGAAUAUGGCCUGCAAUUAUGGAAUAAAUUGCACAAAGAGAAACAACUAUUUCAAAGUGGAUCUCUUUUAGGUAUGUUGGCCAUAAAUAUGGGUCAACCGAAUAUUGCGUUAGAGAUUUUGAAAUCAUGCUGUUUAUUCUUAAAUGUUUAUUCGGCUCAUUGCACUAGCCGAUUGUGGCCAUUUCACUACUUGAAGAAACUAAAAAAUAUUUUCCCAAUACUUUUAUAUACGCUAGCGUGGUUGAAAGGAUUGGAGUCAGUUUGGCGAAGUACCCAACGACGCAAGAAAAAAGUAAUUUUUCAAAAUUAUUGGAUACCAUUCGACUUGCUAAACGGAAAUAUAGCAUAGAUCAAAUACUUUGCCUUCCUAUUGAUCCAAGCAGAAAGUCAGGAGCUCACGCUCUAAACUAUAAAAAAAAUCGUUGAACCAGAAUAGAAUAAUUGAGCAUUAGAAUUAUUAUCUGAAAAUAAAAAAGUAAUAAUGAGCGGAUUAAUUUGUUUCCAUUUUAUUUAAGAAGUUCUUUCCUUCCAGUUUUUCGAAUCGACAAAAAGCGUUAAUAUUUCCGAUAUUUGGGUCACAUUUA